GAUGAUCUGGCCGUGUCGAAAUAUGCCAAGAACGACAAGAAUCCCCGAGGACAUCAAGGUGCUCGUUUCCGCUUCUUUCGUCAACGCCGUCUUACUACCUCGAAACAAACUUACUUCGUGGACUUUUUUUUCUCUGAUUCAUUCCAGCGCUGUGGUUUUUCUGGUGAUACCUUCAAAGUUCUUCUUUGGACGUGGUAUAAAAAGUCGCGAGUUGACCUAUUUUUCCAUCCAGGCCUCACUUUCACUGGGAAGUCAGAUUUAUCUCGCCAACACCAAGAUGCGCUCUUCUGGAAUUCCCUCCAUCGUUGCGAUGGCGCUUGUGUCGCUCACACUGGUUGUCGCUCAAACCACGACUCCACCACCCACAACGACAGUAACCAAAGCUGCCACUGAGACUUUCACGGCGGUCACAGACUGCCAUCCCCAUGGCUCUGUACAGUUCUGCAUGGCGGGUACUGCCGAGUACGAAAUCGUUGGUCCCACCAAGACCGAGCAGAUGGAGCCUCAAUAUACGGGCUGUCAUGCACACGGACCAGAGAUAUUCUGUCGGAAAGCUAAUGGAGAAGAAGUCGAAGUUGUUGGUGAAUCUUCUGGUGAAGGCGAGCAUGACGAGCAUGAGGAGCAUGAUCACGAUCACGAGUCCGAAGGCGCACACGGAGAAAAACACUGUCAUUUUCAUGGCGAUGUCGAGCAUUGCACCGACGAUGAAUCCGAGGCAGCCGAAGAGGAGCCUUCGACCGGAGAGGCAAAUUGUCACUUCCAUGCGGGCGUAGAACAUUGCGUUGGCGGUGCCGUGGCAUCCUGCAAUCGCACAGAUCGGGAAUACAACAAGGGCCUCCGCGUUGGACUGCUUUUCGUCAUUCUUGCGACCAGUGCUAUCGGCGUGUUCAGCCCCAUACUGCUCACCAAGUUUACGCGAAUGUCACAGAAAAACAUUCUUUUCGUGAUCUUGAAGCAAUUUGGAACUGGUGUCAUUCUCUCCACCGCUUUUAUUCAUCUCUUCACACAUGCUGCUCUCAUGUUUGGGAAUGAUUGCCUUGGCGAGCUCGAGUACGAGGGCACAACGGCUGCCGUCUUUCUUGCCGGACUCUUCCUCUCUUUCUUGGUCGACUAUCUGGGCGCGCGCAUCGUGCUCCGUCGCCAGGGCCGAUCUACACCAGCUGAUUCUGAGGCUCCCGUCGCCGUGCAUCCAGAGUCGAAGACCUCAACGCCAGUCAGCGCGGCUAACAGUGAAAACGGCGAGCAUCUUCACGUACACGGCAACGGCGAGGACAAGCUCAACGUUCUCGUCCUGGAAGCCGGUAUAAUAUUCCACUCGCUUCUCAUUGGUAUCACACUUGUCGUGGCUGGAGAUUCAUUCUUCAAAAUCCUCUUCGUCGUCAUACUUUUCCACCAAAUGUUUGAGGGUCUAGCACUCGGAACCUGCAUCGCUGCUUUGCCUUCCUCUGCUGCUUCCUUCAUGUCUAAAUUGACUAUGGGCUCUGUCUUUGCGUUGGUCACUCCUGUCGGAAUGGCCAUCGGAAUCGGCGUCCUAGAUCAGUUCAACGGCAACGACCCAUCGACCCUCAUCGCCAUCGGAACAUUGGAUGCCCUUAGUGCGGGAAUCUUAGCCUGGGUCGGCAUCGUGGAGAUGUUGGCCAGAGACUGGAUGCAGGGCAACUUGCUUCACGCUGGACCCAUCAGGAGCGCUGUCGGUAUGGGCUCUUUGGUCCUGGGCAUGGCGUUGAUGAGCUUGUUGGGCAAGUGGGCUUGA